CCUUACUGGGAUCCAAUGCUACCCUAAAUUCUAAGUAAGUAUAUACAGCAGUGAGAACCGCAACGCUCGCUCCAAUGCGCAUGAUCAGGAAAAAUCCCACGAAUGUCCAUCACUGCCCACAACCCACAGUUUGUAAUAUGUAUCACGAGCCGGAUAAUAACAAUUUUAUAAUCAAUUAUUACUGUAUCAUAUUGUAAACCCACUUAGCGAAUGUUAAUAAUACUUUUCGUAACUGUCUGAUUUAUUUAAAAUAAGCUGUGCACAUAUUAUUCAUAGAAAAUGUUUCGUUCAUAAUGAUGAACGAGGUUAUCAGAGAACCUGUCAAAUUGACAAGUUCGUCGAGCACUAACAUGGCUGCCGAGAUCAAUAGAAAACUGUCAUAAUAAGCUUUGCCUAUAGUCGACGGCAUCGUUAGAUUCGUUAAGAUGUUUCGAACAAACAAAUUUUUGUGAAUAUGUAUAUUUUCUAAACCGUCAUGAAACUUAUUUAUAUUUUUACCGAAAUGCCAUAACUUUGAUCAUCGUAAUGAUAGGUGAAAGUGUUCUGAAUAACUGUUGACCCGCGAGCAGAGGGUGAUCCACAACAAUGUAAUCUAGCGUUACAUACAUAAUAGGUUUUUUUUUAUGAUCGAUUAAAAUCGUAGAUGUUGUAGAAGUUCUCAAUAUUUCGGCACGAACGUAAACGAUACAUUUGUUUAAAUAUUAAUUAACAAGAAACUUCUGAAUACGAUUAAUAUUUUUACAUACAUCCUUAUUUUAAGGAACUGUCUUUUUUUUACAAUUUCCUCUGACAUUCUUCAAUUAUAAUAGCAAACAUAUCGUGAUUAAACGAGGAAGCUAUCGUGUUUCCGAUAGGUGAAAUUUUAAUAUGGAUAUUUUUGAAUUUCUUUGCGUGUCUGUGAUUACAUUUGUGUGCGGUAUAAUAUGUACGCUUGUACUGGAAUUUUAUUUAUUCAAAAAAUAUUUGGAGGAGGCACCUCUGGCAAGCCCGACGAAAAGACCUAUUCGUCAUGGCAAGGCUCAGUUACCUAACGAAUUACUUGAAAGUAUUCAAGAAGAAAAGACAAAUUCCAAUACGAAUAUGGCCCGUCAAGGUAUGUGCCCAGGAAAUGAAAACUUGGCGAUAAACUUAACUCUGCAAUUUUUAUUUAACGAAUUACGAAAUGCUGAACGGGUUCGUCUAUGGUUGUAUAGAAAAUUAAAUAACGAAUUCAAAGAACUCCUAACUCAGUCCACGACUGGCAAAUUGUUGGACAGUGUAAAGUUAAGAGAUUUAAAUCUAGGUACGCAAUUUCCCACAAUAAAAGGUUUAGAAGUUGCGGAUUCGAAAAUAGACGCCGAUACAGGUUUACUCGAAUCAUUAGAUUUGUCUUUAGAUUUACAUUAUUCUGGAAAUUUCCAACUAUCGAUAGAUGUUAAAAUGUUAUUAGGCAAAACUGCCUAUAUGGCUUUACAAGUAAAACGUGUCAGCGGUAGAGCAAGAUUACAAUUUACACGUGUUCCAUAUACUCACUGGUCCUUAAGUUUUUAUUCAGAACCUAUACUUGAUUUAGAAGUGCAGUCGCAAUUUCAAGGUCGUCAAUUACAACCUCAGAUCAUUUCUUUGAUCACGGGACAAAUUCGAAGAGCUGUGCGUAGAAAACAUACACUACCUCGAUACAAAAUGCGUUAUAAACCGUUCUUCCGCCGACUGAACGACGAAGCUGUAGAUUUAUCCGAAGUUGCCAAUAUUCAAUUGAUACCAGGUUAUUUGGGGGUAUCGUUAUUGGAAGUGAGUAGAUUAAAUCUUGGUCCUAAUAUGCUUAACGCAGAAGAUAAAACACAAGUCGAAGUAUACUGUACGAUAUGCGUGGAUUCGACACCCUGGGUAUUUCUGACUCAAUAUACAGGCGUUCCUUACAUGGUGUUAGAUUUAAUUAUUAGUAAAGUUGGUUCUCAGCAGCUUGGCGUAGUAUUUAAGCAGGAACUUGUACCAGAAAUAGGUCACGUUUGCGUGCUAGUCGAAACCAUAGUAACCGGAAGUCCUGCGGCAAUUGCUGAAAUGAAAAAGGGAGAUAUUUUAGUAGCUGUAGAUGGUAAAAAGGUAUCUAGCAUGAAUCAAGUAGCUAAAUUCAUGAAAAGUGCCGUGCAGAGACGCUUUAUCGUAAGGGUUGAAAGGAAGUAUUCCAAGGCAGACUUGGACAAACAAAUAAGUAUGAAACUGGAUAGCGAAAAAAUAUCCGCAGACAAAGGAACAGAUAGAAAAUCGAUAAAAACGGACUCGUUGAUGAGUAAAGGUGAUACACCCAGUACAGAAGAUUAUAGCAAAAUUAAGUUUGAAAGCCAAAUCAAAUUUUCGGAUUUAAAAGAUUCGGAACAUGAAAUUUUUGAUAAAGUGGAAACAGGUAGCAAGUUUUUUAGAAGAAAAAGUAGCGUACAGCCUGUGGAUGAUGCCGCUCAAACACCUGACAGUACACCUUCUAGAAAAAUUUCGACGACCUCGAAUCAAUCGCUGAUAUCGAGCAGUUCCCAAUUUUGCUUCAACGAUGAUAAUUACGUAACAAACGUAACGGAUUUAUUCUUCACUACGAAAGAAAAGGAACACGCCUCUCUGAUUACUUUCGAAGAAACUAGAAACUUUCAAAUCGAUUCGGAACUGCAAUAUUUAAAUAUAGGCGUGUGGGGUCGCGUAAGAGGAGGAGAAUUCCCUGCGAAACUAUUAGGAUAUAUAAACGUCCCUGUGAAAUUAAUUCUUGCUCAGUGUUAUACGUCCUCGACCGGUCAUUAUCUUAAAUGCCACGCUCUGUUACCACCCGAUAGUGCUUCUCUGACAACAGUUCAUACAAAACUACAAGGAUAUUCGGGAUUCGAUCCGACGCUUUGUUACGGUGAUAUUUUAUUGUCUUACGUGUGGGAGUCCAGUUAUCCAAAUCGUCACGUAGUUAGCGACUCGGGAAAGAAAGAGAGUACGGAAGCUACGAAAACGCAACCGAUAUUGAGCGAGGAAAUCACCGACAAGAAAAUGCACGACUUUAUUAGGACACACUUUCACAGAGCAACGCACUGUGACUUUUGUACAAAAAAGAUUUGGUUGAAAGACGCUAUACAAUGUAGAGAUUGUGGGAUGGUGUGUCACAAGAAAUGCGAGGUUCGUUGUCAAGCGUCGGGAACCUGCGGAGCAGAAAGUUUAGCAACAAUGGCAUUAGAAACCGAUGAAACAGAGCCUAAUACUCUUAUCGGGGAAUCGGGUCCGGAGAUUUCUCUAACCAGUUGCGAAGAACACGUACAGGGUGCAACUAUGAUGGCCAUGAAGGCUAGUAUAGCUAACACUCUGUUGGGCCUGAAGAAGGCUGGAAGUACCAGUUGUUUGGCCCCACCAGCUUCCGGUAUUGGUCUGGCAUCUAGAAGUCUUCCCCCAAGUCCCUGUGCAUCCCGCAAGAAUUCGUUGGUCGGAGGUUUGGGCAUUAGCCCGGAACUGUUGGAGGGCGUCGAGCCGAGCGUGGCGGAUCCUUUAAUAGCCGGGGAUUUGGACGAUGGUCUCAUGUCCAGGGCCAAAGACACCGGCAAGUUUUUGUACAAAUAUUUGGAGCCACGCGAACGCGUCGAGAAGAUCAACGUUAUGAUGGGAAAGUUGAAAACUGCCCUCGACGGGGAAACUAGCUCGAGAUUAGAGCUGUCGCAAGGCGGAGAAAUGGACAGCAUUAAGUUGAUCGCUCAGAGCGACUUGCGAGUGCAAGCACUGAGUGUCCUGCUUCUGCAUUAUUGCGCCGGUCUGCAGCACGCACAGGAAGAGUUGGACAAGUCCCAGCAGGCCAGCAAGGACUCUUAACGGACCUAAGUUCCACGAUCAGGCACCGAGAAACGGGAAAUAACCGAUUCGGUCCAUCCGAGGUCGUCGCUGCGCGUCAAUCGAUCAAAAUCAGGCAUGUCAAACUCACUUUUGCUCCAAGCUCGAUUCGCACUUUGCUUCCGUGUUAUCGCGGCUGUAGACGCGCAAUUUAUUUGUUUUAUCGUUACGGUACCUGUAACGUUGCGAUCGAAUUUACUAAACGUAAAAGGGAUUUACUAAAAUCAAUAUAUCAAAAUUAAUGUACAAUCAGUGUAAUAAGUACUCGUACAGAAACCAAUUCAAAAUAAAGCUUCGUGUAUUUAUUUUAUUAAUAAAUUUUAGGGGAAGAAAUAAUUAACCAACGUAUUUAUACGUAUUUUUAGAAUAGAAUUUGCGUAAAUUAAAGUUUUAAUUUAACUUUUAAUGUUAGCCUCUCGUUUCUUUUUCUUAUUCAUUUUAUUUUAAAUUGGUUGCUGUACGAAUACUUAUCACACCUAUUAGACUUAUUAAAUCCUUCCAGCAAGAAACUGAAACGUUUCGAGUAAAUCUCUCGUUAUACAUUAAUUUAGUAAAUUCGAUAGUAACGUUUACGCAGAGGAAAUAUUUGACAUGGCUGGUCCACAUUUUAAUGUACGUCGAUCAAUUUUAAUAAUUGUAAUUCGAUUUCUAUAUUACUCGUACGUAUCACGACUGCAUGGGGCACGCGUGUUUCGAAACUUCUCUUCGAUAUUCGUACGAUAGGCUUCAAACUAAUACUCGCGACUUUAACCGUGAUACAUUUAUAACAUACCAGAGAACACCAAAUACCGAAGACUUGUAUUUACGAAUUAUAUGCAUCCUCUUAGAGAACAGAGUACAACGCAUCGUCGGAUCUAUUUACGCAACGUGCGCUUAGAAUAUUUCGGUCGACAUAGAUGAAUAGCUACGGUAUACAAUAAUUAGAUUAAAAAAGAAAAAGAGAAAAGAAAUAACAAAAAAAAAAUAGUGUCUUGUUCUCAAGCACAAGGUAACGGGGCAAUUAAAUACUUAAUCGUAGCGUUUAAUAGCUUAGUCGAGAAAUUACUCCCUUGUCAUAUCAAUAAUAACGUGAUUUCGAUUAUAAACGAUUCGACGCGUUUCCAAUUGUGCGCGCGUAUACGUUCGUUUUACUUUUAAUUUAACUUCUUUCAAACCGAAAUCGCGUUUUAGCGAUCGCGAACAAGCUCUGCAACGAAACUUCGCGCACGAACCGCUGACUGAUUUAUGAAUUUAUCGACAAGUUCACCGCCUGUACACAGAUAUUCGCGAACGAAAUAUAUACGAUACGCGUAGAGGAUUUUAUCCAUAGGUAAACUUCGAAAGUAUCGAAUGUAUAUAACUCGUGGCUUCGCAAGAUAUUACGAUUUUAUUGUUAAGUAAUGUAAAAUGAAUAUACAAAAAAAAAGGAAAAAAAAAUAACUAAUAUAGAUUGUUAAACGAGAGCUUCGAUGUCGAUCAUUUCGAGGGCACGCCGUACGACGAGGAAGUUGGUUCCCCGAACGAUUUGUUUCGUUAAGGAAGCGGACUAUUAUCGUUGCAAAACGGUGAAUAUUUUAUCCGCGCGAUGAGAAACAGACGCGCGAGCGGGAAUCGAGGUCGAGCAGACUGGUGCCGUCUGUAACUACUGGUGACGUUUCCGUUCGCGAUGCUGCGCGUGGAACGGUCCGCGACUUCUCGGUAAAUAUGAAAAUACUCGAAAAACGGAGACGCAGUAGCCAGUACGUCGCACAAAGAGUCUACGUCAAAGCCAGGCGAUUUUAUAAGGCCAACGUCUCGCGAAAAUUCUCGAUGUUCUUCGCGCGGACGCGACUCCGAACAAAGUAAAAUUGUUUACGAAACAAAAGCAUCGUUGCAACGAAAACAAAGAUCGUGUGUCGCUUUCGUAACAACCGAGCGUUAUUAUCGUUUAUUAUAGCUAAAUAGAAAGUGUCGGCAUAGACGCCGGAGUAUUAUUAAACUGGAAGAUAACGGUUAGUUUCAGGCCAACGAUGGUCUGUUUUGUCUGGAAACUAUUAUUUACAUUUGUUUUGAAUUUGAAUGAUUUUCAGGCUUUCGGAAAACGAAGUUGCACGAACUUAUUCGUGGAAGCAUGAUGUUUCUUUCCGUCGCUGCCAGACCACAGUUGGCGUAAACUCAGAUCGCGGCGAUCAUGGCCGGAUAUAAAAUUCACAUGCAGUUUUGGAAGCGCACGCUGUACAGUCAUCGACUGCUACAGAGACGAUGUCGAUAGAACGAAACCAGCAAGAUUUCGUUUGUUCUCGACGAACGAAAACAUAAAUUACAGUGGUGCGAUAAAAUUACGCGUUUUCCCGAAGAAAAAUUGAUCGUUGCAUCUGGAAUUGGAAUAGCAACAGGAACGGGAAAAACUACGUCGAAUCGAAUACGUGUUUCUGCGGUCGAUAUACGCAGAGACGCACACCCGCCCACGUGCACGUACUGCGUGCAUCGAUCUCGAUGCACCGCAACCUUUAUCCCGCGUACGUCCAUACGAGAGAGUCAAUACGAACACGACGAGAGAGAAGUCAUGGGGGAUUUUGGCCCGCGAAUCUAUUCCUGGUCCGUGAAAUGCACGCGCAGUAUCCUCUGGCCACGUGCCAAGCAUACCGAAGAAUCGUAUAAACAUUUUAUCCCUGUUGGGCAUUGGGACUGCGCGAUGAAUGGAGAGCAAGGGCCUCUGCGCGAGAAAAGAGAAGACCGCGAUCGAUGGCCGAGUACUCCGCCUUCGAUCGCGAUAGAAAAUUACACGGUACUAAUUCUAAGUGGGUAGAAGAACUUGUACUUUAUCAGACGUCGCGUACAACGAUUGUUCGUUCGUUGCUCGUUAGAUAAAAAUCAAACAUUGAAUAAUAGAACGACACAUUUUACGGCGAGUUAAAAAUUUAUGUAUUCGAUCGAAUAUAUUUCCACGAAUAUCUGUCGACUCU